GGGCGCUGUAGUCCGGCCGGAACCUGUUUGCGACCCCGAGUCCCAUGACACCGCUUCUCACACCCCAGUCCGCAGUGCCCCUCCCCAGCCUCGGCCGGGCCUCCCGGGAGCCGGGCGUGGCGUUCCAGCUAGUGAGCCGUUUCUCCCCUGGGCUCGGAGGCGGAAGCUUGAGGGGCGCGGGGAGGAGCUUCGCGUGCGGGGUGAACGCCCGCUCUACGUGCUCGUUCUCUUCGCGACCGCUGCGCGCGAGCCCCGUGUCCCCACGGCGGGCAGCAGCGGCGGCGGCGGCGGCUGAACGCGGAGGGGGCGGAGGGAGCCCGCGGCGGCGGCAGCAGCUACAGCGAAAUGGCGGAGACCGUGGCUGACACCCGGCGGCUGAUCACCAAGCCGCAGAACCUGAAUGACGCCUACGGACCCCCCAGCAACUUCCUCGAGAUAGAUGUGAGCAACCCGCAGACGGUGGGGGUCGGCCGGGGCCGCUUCACCACUUACGAAAUCAGGGUCAAGACAAAUCUUCCUAUUUUCAAGCUGAAAGAAUCUACUGUUAGAAGAAGAUACAGUGACUUUGAAUGGCUGCGAAGUGAAUUAGAAAGAGAGAGCAAGGUCGUAGUUCCCCCGCUCCCUGGGAAAGCGUUUUUGCGUCAGCUUCCUUUUAGAGGAGAUGAUGGAAUAUUUGAUGACAAUUUUAUUGAAGAAAGAAAACAAGGGCUGGAGCAGUUUAUAAACAAGGUCGCUGGUCAUCCUCUGGCACAGAACGAACGUUGUCUUCACAUGUUUUUACAAGAUGAAAUAAUAGAUAAAAGCUAUACUCCAUCUAAAAUAAGACAUGCCUGAAAUUUGGCAAGAAGGGGCAAAAACGUGACUAUUAAUGAUUGAUAAGCACCAGUGAAGAAGUUCUAACUUUUAGCAUGCUGCACAGAAACUGGUAUAACAUGCCUUCAGUAUACUAACACUCAUAUGCUCAGUUUUGUUUUGUUUUGGCAGUUGACAAGAAGUUAAUUUGCUUUAGUAAAAAUCCCUCAUUCCAGCCUUUCUAUAUAAAUAGCUCUUUCUUGCUGUUUUAAUGUGGUGCACACUAUAGCCUCACAAACCUGUUAUUCCAGUGUAAUCUGCAGUGUCGUAACUAAAGUUACUGGCUUGGUCUUAUUUGCACAGUUUUUGCGUCUUGUUUGCUUCUUGCAUCUGAUUAACUAGAAUAUUUCUCUUUCCCCCUUUUAAUGUGUGAUGUCACUUGCCCCCAUUUAUGUGUAGGAGCACUACACCAUUGGCUUCCAAUACUGCACACAUAAGAUACAUACUUGUGUGCAGAAAGUAUCUUCCUCCAGGCUUGUAAUACCCUUCACAUGGAAGAUUAAUGAGGGAAAUCUUUAUAUUCUGUAUAAAAACAAAAGCAAAUUUAUAUACUAAAAUCAUUUGUCUAAAAAUUUAAGUUGUUUUCAAAUAAAAAUUAAAAUGCAUUUCUGAUAUGCA